UAGCAGGGAAUAUUUACAGAGUGACCAAGUGGUGAAUUUUCCAGACUGACUAAUGAACUUCCUUGAUAUCAAGUAUGUGGUUGGAUCUCAAUUCUGAUAAAGGAGUUUGCUGGGGUGUGCCAGAGAUAUAGACACGGUCUUUUCCAAAGUGAUCAUUUGAAAAAGAGAUAUCCACAUCUUCAAGCCCAUAUAAAGGAUAGAACCUGCAUGGGGCAGCUUUACUUACUCCAGCACCUUCCUCCCCCAGGCAAAAUGAAAAUCCUUGUGGCAUUUCUGAUGGUGCUGACCAUCUUUGGGAUGCAAUCUCAUGGAUAUGAGGUUUUUAACAUCAUCAGCCCAAGGAGCAAUGGUGACAAUGUUCAGGAGACAGUGACAAUUGACAAUGAAAAAAAUACCGCCAUCGUCAACAUCCAUGCAGGAUCAUGCUCUUCUACCACAAUUUUUGACUAUAAACAUGGCUACAUUGCAUCCAGGGUGCUCUCCCGAGGAGCCUGCUUUAUCCUGAAGAUGGACCUUCAGAACACCCCUCCUCUGAACAAUCUUCAACGAUACAUCUAUGAGAAACAGGCUCUGGACAACAUAUUCUCCAACAAAUACACCUGGGUCAAGUACAACCCUCUGGAGUCUCUGAUUAAAGACAUCGAUUGGUUCCUGCUUGGGUCACCCAUUGAGAAACUCUGCAAACAUAUCCCCCUGUAUAAAGGGGAAGUGGUUGAAAACGCACAUAAUGUCGGUGCUGGAGACUGUGCAAAGGCUGGGUUCCUGGGCAUCUUGGGAAUUUCAAUCUGUGCAGACACUCAUGUUUAGGAUGAUCAGCCCUCUUGUUUUAUCUUUUCAAAGAAAUACAUACUUGGUUUACACUCAAAAGUCAAAUUAAAUUCUUUCCCAAUGCCCCAACUAAUUUUGAGAUUCAGUCAGAAAACAUAAAUGCUGUAUUUACAGA